AUGAGUGAUCAGCAAUAUUCACCGUUAACUGCAACAAUUAUUCGAUCGCUCACUGAUAAAUUAUACGAGAAACGAAAAGUUGCAGCGUUAGACAUCGAAAAGUUUGUGCGCGAACUGCUGCAGGCGAACCAUUUAUCGCAACUUGAGAAAGUUCUUUCUUUACUCAAAGAUUUAACUUGUACACCUUCGGGAAAUACGAGAAAAGGAGGUCUUAUCGGAUUAGCUGCUGCAGCCAUCGCUCUUGGCAAAAAUUCUUCAGAGUACACAUCACAGUUAAUCGAACCCGUUUUGACUUGUUUCAACGAUCCAGAUUCAAGAGUUCGUUAUUAUGCUUGUGAGUCAUUGUAUAAUAUUGUGAAAAUUUGCCGGUCAUCAUCUAUUAACCAUUUCGAUGAAUUGUUCGAUACACUUUGGCGAUUAUCUGCCGACACUGAUCCCAAUGUGAGAAGCGGUGCAGAAUUACUUGAUCGACUAUUAAAGGAUAUUGUUAUCGCUACUAAUAGUUUCGAUAUUGCCCAACUUAUGGUACUUAUUCGUGAAAGAAUUUAUACUCAAAAUAGUGCAAAUAGGAAGUUCAUUAUAUCUUGGCUUUCUGCGAUGCUAUCGACGCCAAAUAUAUCGAUAUUGCCGUAUUUACCCGAAGUGCUUGAUGGUUUAUUCCAGAUGCUUGACGACGCUCAGCCAGGAGUUCGAGAUGUUACUGAGGCUGUUCUUGGACAGUUCGUUGAGCGAAUCCAGGAUACAUCUGAAGAUAAUAACGAAAAAUUAGCGACAAUGAUUAACGUGCUAAUAAUACAUGCCUGUGGCGAUGGAAAUGAAGUACGACGCAUGAUAGCACUAGUUUGGCUCGAAGAAUUUAUUUUAUUGCAUAGCAUUCGUCUUUUACCGCAUUUACCUGCAUAUUUAACUGCUGUCUUACCAUUUUUGGAUGAUCCAAAGUUGAGAGCGAAAGAAGUCAAUGCAAGACUUAUGGAAUUAUUUACGGAAGAUGCUGCAAUCGAAGUUGAUGGUGUAAUAAAAGUUCUUUUAAAUCACAUCAGAAAUGAUUGUCGUGAGACAAGAUUAGCGGUCCUCAAUUGGAUUAGUCAUAUGCACCACAAAGCUCCAGCUAAGAUAUUUGCCUAUAUGGAUCGUAUAUUUCCUAUCUUAUUGUCGAUGUUAUCGGAUACUUGCGACGAUGUUCUUCUUCUAGAUCUUCAGUUGCUUUCAGAUAUAUGUGAAGAAAAAAUUGGUAAAGAAGUUGAUUUGGAGGACUUACGCUUGGAUGAAAAAAUCAAAUCACAGCUUUCAGGGAUUUCGCCAUAUUUAAUAAAAUUUGCGGUUAGCUUGUUGGUUAUGUUCAAAAAUGAUUCCUCGUUACGUAAUGAAAGAGGUGUCCUGAUUAUUAGGCAACUUUGUCUUCUUCUAGAUUCAGCACAUAUUUAUCGUUGCCUUGCUGUACUGUUAUUGAAGGAAAAUGAUAUAGAAUUUGUAUCCCGAAUGGUUGCAAUGUUAAAUGGCAUUUUACUUACAGCAACGGAACUUUUUGAGAUGCGCGAUCAGUUAAAAGUUCUUGAAGUUGAGGAAUACUUAAGUUUAUUCGAAUGCCUUUACCGAUGCUGGGCUUAUCAGCCAAUUGCUUUACUUGGCUUAUGUGUUUUAUCGCAAAGCUAUGUUCAUGCUAGUGAAUUAGCCAUUCAUCUAUCACGUCUUGAUAUAACCGUUGAUGUGCUUUUAGAAAUUGAUCGAUUAGUACAACUGAUUGAAAGUCCCAUACUGUCUUAUGUACGUUUGGAUUUGUUAAAUGAAGAAUAUCAACGUCCUCUUGCAUCAGUUUUAUCUGCUCUUUUAAUGUUAUUACCACAAACAGAAGCUUUCAACGUUUUGCUCAAACGCCUUCAAAGUAUUCCAUCACUUGUAAUUUUCCAUAUGAAGCAAAAUCCUAAAUCAAGAUUGAAGAUCAAUUUCAAGCCACUUUAUGAACAUUUUUUACAAGUCAUUGAGCAGCAACAUCAAAAUGUUCGAAAGAAACAUCGAUUAUUACUAAAAUCAUCAAUUAAAUAA